AGGAAAAAAAAAAAAGAAAAAAAAAAAAAGGACGUUUUCUUCAGGAGCGUUUCCUCCUCGGAAGUAGCUUUCCAGAAGAAACCGUGCGUGCAUCUCUACGGUGCCCUCCUUCUCAGAGCCUUCCAGCGAGCCGCCGAACGCCCCAGCAAGCCCACAAACAAACAGAAAGGUCUCACCUAACCCCGGGGGGGAUUGAUAAGCCUCUCUGCUCCAGAGCCAGAGGGUGCCAGGGGCCGGGCGGCUAUGUCUGGGGCAGUGGCAGGGCGGCUGUGUGUCCCCCAGGGCUCCCCCCCGGCCAACCUGCGCUCGGCUCGCCCCUGGGAGCUGGCGACGAGCUGUUGCUUUCCCCCGCGACGGCCACAAAGGGAGCGGGGCCCGGGCCCGCCGCUCGUCAAUGUCAACGUCGGGCCACGUGACCGCACCUCCCUGCCGCCGCCGGGAGAGCUCUCCACGUCAGCUUACGUCUCCCCAUCUCUUACUUCACGGAUCCGCUUCAAAGGGGCAGCUGCGUUAGAGAAUCAUGUUAAGCUCAGCUAAUGCGGAGAAGCCGAGGUAGCCCUAAUGAUGGAUUUUGAUGAGCGUGUUCCUUGUUCCUCUAACAUGUAUUUGCCAAGUUGUACUUACUACGUCUCGGGUCCUGAUUUUUCCAGCCUCCCUUCUUUUUUGCCCCAAACCCCGUCUUCUCGCCCUAUGACAUACUCCUACUCCUCCAACCUACCCCAGGUCCAACCUGUGAGAGAAGUUACCUUCAGGGAAUAUGCCAUUGAUCCCUCCAGUAAAUGGCACCCCAGGAACAAUCUGCCCCACUGCUACUCCGCAGAGGAGAUCAUGCACAGAGACUGCCUGCCUGCCACCAACACUGCUAGCAUGGGCGAGAUGUUCGGCAAAAACACAGCUAACGUCUACCACCCCAGCACCAACGUCUCCUCCAAUUUCUAUAGCACUGUGGGCAGGAACGGGGUCCUACCCCAGGCUUUCGACCAAUUUUUCGAGACGGCUUAUGGCACAGCGGAAAACCUGGCCUCGGCGGACUACUCGGUAGACAAGAGUGGCGAGAAGGCGCCCGCGGCCGCCGGGGCGGCGGCGGCGGCAACUUCAAGUUCGGAGGGCGGCUGCGGCAGGGCGGCGGCGGCGGCGGCGGCGGCGGAGAAGGAGAGGCGGAGGCGGCCGGAGAGCAGCAGCAGCCCCGAGUCAUCUUCCGGCAACAAUGAGGAGAAAUCCGGCAGUUCCAGUGGACAACGUACGCGUAAAAAGAGAUGCCCAUACACCAAAUAUCAGAUUAGAGAGUUAGAAAGGGAAUUCUUCUUCAGUGUCUACAUAAACAAAGAGAAACGCCUCCAGCUCUCCCGAAUGCUCAAUCUGACCGACCGCCAAGUCAAAAUAUGGUUUCAGAACAGAAGAAUGAAAGAAAAAAAAAUUAACAGGGACCGAUUACAAUAUUACUCAGCUAAUCCACUACUUUAAAACUCAUAGUGUUUUUCAAGACGAGAUUAAAUUCAGAUUUCGCCCUUGACAAGGUCAAGCCACGGGGUUAUGUGGAGGAAGGAGGUGUGUAUCUGAUAGGACUAAAAGAAUCCAAGGCUUUACACACGUGUAAGCCUAGUCUGGAACUGCAAUGAUGAUUUUUCAUAUAUAUAUUUACAUAUCAACUGGAAUCGGUUUGAUUUUGACACACAUGGGAUCCAUUUCUAAAUGCGCACGUCACCUCUGAGUGCAAAAUCCAUACCUCUUACCUUUCCAGGCGCUGCGGCUCACCCUGCCACCACUUUCGGCAGGCACAGGCGGGGACGGUACCCCUCUGUCCCUGGACUCUCCCACCCUCGGCUCUUUCUAGCCCCUGUGCUGCUGUGAAACAGCUGUCUGGAGAUUGCUAGGUCGAGCUCACCCAACCAGGACCACUGCAGAAUAUAAACUCAGAGAAAUAAUCUUUUGUUCUUCCUUAGCAGAAAAUGUCUGGGUUAGAGGCAGUGUUCCAUUGCCCACGGAUUUGAAAUGAGAAUUUAAGGACACACACACACAGACACAGAGAAUUAAAGGAAGGAGGGAUGUCAUGUCUACACCUUCCCGGGGCCAACCGCGACUAGUUGUAAUAUGGAUGUAGUGAUGGUUAUAAUAGUGUUUCCUUUGGGAGUGUGGGAUGGGGGCGAGGGAAGAAAAAGAACUAAAUGAAUGACUUAAUGAUUUACUUUUUAAAAUCAGGUAUAAAUUCGCCAUAUAUCGUAAAGUAACAAUCACGAAAAAUAAAAUUAGCAAAUUUUAAUUAGCUCUCGUUUUAUUUAUGACAACACUCUAUGCGUUGCCAUCUUUUCAGAGACAAAUCAUAUAUAAUACUAAAAAUAAAACGGCAAAAAGUGUGAAUUUCAGCGUUUUAGAAGAAACAACUCCAUAAAGCAAACUAACCUUCUGGCUUCUGGCUCACAAACUUUCUUCAGGAAAUACCUGUGGAGAACGACAGUUUAGCAAAUACCACACAACACUUAAUUGAAACUUGGAGUUGUGCAAUGCACUAACAUUGGAUCAUUAAAAUAACUUGAUCACAUGUUCGUUUAAAGGUGAUUAGUGAGGAGUUUAAACAGAAGCCAAACAAUGUAGAUAUGGUAAUUUUGUCGUUGUCUACUUUAAAUGUCAUGAGCUCUACUUUGUCGCCCAGUCGACAUAUGCAAAGAAUGGAGAGUUGUUCGGACUUAUUUUAAAUAUCUAUAAAUAUAUAUAUUUCCCUGCAGGAACCAAAGCGUGAAAAAAUGCAAUUAAAAAAAAAAAGAGAGAAAAAAAAGGAAAAUAUUUAAAAUUCUAUAUCAGUUUACAAAGGAUACAGUGUUCUAUCGUUAAGGUAAUUUGCUGUUGAGAAUAUCUGAAUGUAUAUUUCAUACAGGAACGGUGUUUUACAAGACUUGUAAAUAAUAAAUAAAAGAACCCAUGACCUAUUUUGUUCAAAUAAUUUUUCCCCCUUGGUUAGUUUUUUUGGUUUGGUUUGGUUUUUUUUUUUUUAAUUGUUCCUUUGGGGCUAAAGGGUGUGGGAUUUCUUUACAUGUGCAACAAAGUGAUGAUAAGAAUGUUUUUUGAUUAAUAAAUUUAUCAAAUGGAUGUAAUUUCUUUGUCACAGUUCACAAAAUGCAAUAUCUUUAUAUGAUGUCACUGUUUUCAAUAUGUAUCAUCUAUAUGUAUAUACAGUUUUCUUUUAAUAUGCGAAAGUAUUUGGUUGCAUGUAUACAGUGGAACAGCGCACAAGGAAAAUAAAAAAAAUGGAAACUUUACAUUUUUACUCUGGUGUUAUAUUACUGCAUGUUCUUUUAUCUGGUGUAACUCUGGGACCCGAAAUUCCUCAUGACCUUGUUCAGUCAUUUGGGGCGAAUUACUCUUCUUUAGUGAACUUGGUCAUUAAAUUUUCUACUCUGGAGUUAACAAGUGAACCUAGGCUUGUUCGAGCACCGUUUCAGUGAGUCACAGGAAAAGGAAAAUUGUGUUCGUAGCUCGCUACAUGUUAGGCCUUUACCUUAUCCUGCCAAUGCUGGUAGGGCAAGGUCCUAUGCUUGAGGUUUGAUGUGCCAUCGCUGCUUGCUCCCCACCACAUGUGUCCAGGACAAUGUUUGUCAGUAGUAUUUGGGGCACAUUUUAUAAGCCAGCACCAAAAAGAAGGUCCAAGACAGCCAAUGGAUGUGGCCAGAAGCUGAGAGCCCUGAGAAAAUUUUUGUCUUUGAGGGGGAAAAAAUCCACAUGCAGUGUGGUGGAAAUGGACUGUUUGAAAUUGUCCUUGA